GAAACCAAAGGCCAAGAGCUUUGGCAGAGCAAGGUUGGCAAGGGAGAGUUGAAUUAAUUAGAGAUUGAUAGCCAAAUGGAAAUCUGUUAUUCUUUUGGAAAUUUAAUGCAGACAGACAUAUUUGCACAUAUUUUCCAAGAGAUUCUCUACACAAACCUCUUCUCUUUCUCUCUUUCUUUUCAAAUCUCUUUCUUUUGCAGUUCUUCCAAGAACACCGACUGUUGCAGUCUGUUUUCAUGGGUGUUGACGACCCUUUUGAAAAAGAUGAUGAUCAUCACGUACCCUUUGAAAAGAAGAAGAAUGUGAAGCAUGGAAACCCAAAGGCCAUUAUACGCAUCUGUGACCUUUGUGGCAAAACAUUCAUCGGCGGAAAGGCUUUGGGAGGUCACAGAAGAUCGCACUUUCAGACCAAGAAAGUUGCGGCCAAGAUGGGAUGCUGCUGUAUAUGCAAGAAGGAUUUCCCGUCGAUGAGAUCGUUGUUCGGCCACAUGAGGGCCCACCCAGAUAGAGAUUGGAAGGGGAUUCAACCUCCAAGAAAAAGUCGCAGUUCGACAAUGGCAGAUUCUGCGGAUGAUGAUGAUGAUGAUGAAGACGACAACAAUGGCCCCCAAUUGACACGUGCGAAAUCCGAUACCGAUGUUCUUCUUAAGUCCGUUUCCAACUGGUCGAAGACGGAGAGGAGGCGGCGGAUAAGUACCGGCGCAGUUGCGGCGGCCCAGAUUCUCGUUUCUAUUUCUCGUGGAGAAAAUCCCACCCAGCUGCCUGAAUACAGUUGCUCCAUAAAUCAGGCUGCGAUUGAAGUUCGUAGAGAAGAAAAACAGAGGAUCGUGAAAAAGAAGAAGGCGAAGAGUUGGGUAGAGAAGUUGAGAGAUUGUGAAGAGAGUGAAGCAACAAAUGGUGAGAAAGUGGGUGAGAAUUGCUAUAAAUGCAGCACUUGUGAUAAAUCCUUCCCGACCUUUCAAGGCUUGGGGGGUCACAGAUCCAUCCACAACAAAGACAAGAACAGAGAAGCAACAAAUAUUGUUGCAUCAUUUGCAGAUACUUUCAGAAUUGAUGAGGGUGAAGAAAGCAACAAGACAUUCCCAUCACCAGGAGAAGCCAGCCAGACAGGUCCAAGAAGAAUGGAUUUUGAUCUAAAUCAACCUUAUGAUAUGGAAGAUGAAGAUGUAUAUUGAGUCUACCUUCAAUCAGGGAACAAAGGCUUGGGCUGCAAGAGAGAC